AUGUCCAACUUGAACAUUGGUCCUGUUCGAGCAUUCAACAUCAUGAAGGAGUUGUGUGGUGGUUUUGAUAAUGUCGGGGCCACCAAAUGUGACUUCAAAAAUUUUAAGAAAGAACUAAAUGUGUUUAUUGGUGAGUUUGAUGCCGAGAUGCUUGUCAGGCGUCCAACUAGGAAAAAAGAGUUUUUACCUAAUUUUACGUGUGAAUACCAAACUACUGAGGAAGGUGUUUUGAAGUGUCUGUUCUGGGCUAAUGAAGACAUGAAAAGAAAUUUUUAUAUGUUCGGUGAUGUUGUGUCCUUUGAUGCAACGUACAAGCAAAACAAGUAUAACAUGAUGUUCGUCCCUUUCACUGGGAUUGAUAAUCACAAUCGGAAUGUCACACUUGGUGCUUCUAUUAUUGGUUCCGAAAUUGCUGAGACAUAUAGUUGGUUACUUAAUGUGUUUAAGGACGCAUUUGGAUAUGCACCACGAGUAAUUGUUACUGAUCAAGACCCUGCGAUGAAGAGGGCUAUUGAGGAUGUGUGGCCUGAUUCAAGGCAUCGGUUAUGCAUGUGGCACAUUAUGGAUAAACUUACCACAAAGGUUGGACCAACUAUAUGUGCAAACACCGAUUUCAGGAAAAGAUUGUCUGCAAUUGUCUGGACGGAUUCUUUAUUGCCUGAAGCGUUUGAGACCGAAUGGGCGGCUGUAUUAAAUGAGUUUAACUUAUCCGACCAUGAAUGGCUCACAUACAUAUAUGGGCUUCAUCAGUCAUGGAUCCCAGCUUAUUAUCGUGAAGAAGAAAUGUCCGGUCUUAUGCGGACGUCUUCCCGAUUCGAAAGCGAGAAUCAUUUCUUUGGUAAGAUUUGCAAUCCCAAGUGUACUUUGGUUGAAUUUCUCAGCCACUUCGACACGGCUGUUGAAGCACAAAGACAAGAGCAUUGUAAAAACGACCACGAUACUCGUUAUACUUCGCCCGAUAUAUGGAAUCCUGAUUUUGUUCUUGAGAAACAAGCAUCUGAGACAUAUACCAGAACGAUUUUUUUAUGUUCAAUUGGAAAUUCAACACGGUAUUCACCGGAUCUAGAUCAGCCAACAACUGAAUUUUAUGAGGUUAUGAUACGUGAGGAGGAUGUUACUGUUAAAUGCAGCUGCAACAGGGUUGUUGAUGUAAGGGAGUUUCCUAGACACUAUAUUUUGAGGCGUUGGACUCGCGAAGCAGUUCCAAAUAGUUCACCCGGGUCCAUCCUUACUGAUGGGGGCGAUCCAGAUCGGAGCGUCGAGGUCAACCGUUGCAUUCGUGAGAUUAGUAAUGUAACCGAGUAUGUUAUAAAUAAGUUGGUUUCCAAGUUUGACGAGAUGUGUAAUUUUCGUGACCACAUCAAGCAGUUUAUGUCAGUUGCUGAUGACGCUCAGUUUGACACCCCUCCCAAAACAAGACGUAAUAGGUUUGCUGAACUACUUGGUGUUGCUCCUACGAACACGACGACUAUUCGUGUUCCUAUUGGUACUAGGUUUAAGGGGUGUGGAUCUCAUAAACGCAUGAAAUCUAAAAAGGAGCAAGCUAUAAGUCAAGCUGGGAAGAAACGUCGGCGAUGUUCAAAGUGUAAGAACUUUGGUCACAAUAAUCAUACAUGCGGAAAAUACAAUGUGAAAGCGAAGGAUGCAAGCACUUCUAAGAGGGCCGAUGGUGGUGCUGAAGACGGAGAAGAUGCUGGUGGCGUGGAGGACGUAGAAGAUACUGAUGAAGAUGCUGGACCUAGCUCAGAGGAUGGGGAUGAUGUGUUUUACACAUCCGAAACAGCUGAAGAUGCCGAUGUCGAACAGAUGCUGGAGUAG